AUGUCGAAUAAUCAGGCACUCAAAUGUGGUGUAUGCGGAACCCCCGGGGCACAGCCGGUAGUGCUUCACGUCAGGCUUGGCCAAAAUGUUUUUCAGCAAGACACUGAUGAGCCUCACAUUGAUGGAAAGGUGGUGAUAUAUAUUGUUCAGCAGAAGACCGAUGAGCCUCACACUGGUGGAGAGGUGGUAGAUCUCUCAAACCGCGACGUGUUUUCAAGAAACACUAUUGACGAGGAUUCGCUUCUCUUGAGAGCUGGUGUCUUGGCAGCAAAUCCCGCAGAAAGGCCCCAGAAUCCGAGUAUACAGUCCCCCUUCGCCGUUAGUGUUGAGGGCAACACGGUGAUGGGUGGCAGCAUGCUCGUUGUUGGGCCUCUGUGUGACUCUGCACUAACGAACCUCCUAAACAAUCGGACAGAAAUGGCAAAGUUGAGGAAUAAAUAG